ACGUUUACAAAACCCUCGCUCCCAAACCUGUCUAUUUCCCUCUCUCUCUCUCUCUCUCUCCUGUUCUUUUCUAUUUCCUCAAAAACCCUAACCGUUGCAUCUCAACCAACGACAUUGGGGUUUUGAUUGCUACCGAUACUUAUUUAUUGUACGUAAAUACAUAUAUAUUUUGAAUUUCGCUGUUGGUGCCCGGGACGGGGGAGGUUUAGGGUUUUUGUCCGAUAGAGUUUGAGAUGGUCUCUAACGGCUCCGUAGUCGAGGGUGGUGAAACUCAGUUACUCUCUGCGCGCGUGCGCAGGACCAUCCAAUCCAUCAAGGAAAUUGUGGGCAACCACUCUGAGUUGGAUAUCUAUGCGGCCCUGAAGGAAACUAACAUGGAUCCUAAUGAAACGGCGCAGAAAUUGCUCAACCAAGAUCCGUUUCAUGAGGUCAAGAGAAGAAGAGAUAAGAAGAAGGAGAAUUUGGAGUACAGGGGCUCUGUGGAUCCACAAAGUCAUUCUGAGAAUGUUGGUCAAGGGAUGAAACUUCAUCCAUUUUCUGAUCGUAAUGUCCGAAGAGGAGGCUAUACAAGGAAAGCUUUACCUGGCAUCAAGUUUCGUGUUGUGAGAGAUAAUAGAGUUAAUCAAAAUACAGAUAAAGAAGUGAAGCCUGUUUCGCCGCAACAUUCAAGGUCUACCAAUGAGAAAGCGAUCCCAAAUGUUCCCGCAAAGGGAUUGACAGAAACCUCAGGCAGUCAGAAGCCCUCUGGUGGACGAAGUUCAGCUCAGACUUUGAAUGGGCUGAAUGAUUCACACAAUAGACAUCCUCGGGAUGCCAGUUUGAGGAAAAAUGAUGGGAAAGUACCAGAGGAAAAGCGGUCUUCAGUUCCCUACACAAAUUCCCGGAUGCAAGCAGCAAAGUCAAACAACUCCCACCCAAGUCCUGCAAGUCUGGCAUCAAGCAGUUCUGCUGUUGGGGUGUAUUUCUCUUCCACAGACCCGGUUCAUGUGCCAUCUCCAGAUUCGCGACCCUCAGGAACUGUUGGAGCUAUUAAGCGUGAAGUUGGUGUCGUCGGUGUUCGUAGACAGCAUUCUGAAAAUUCUGUGAAAAUGUCUACCAUGCCAAGUAAUUCUUUCGCAAAUUCACUUUUGGUUAAGGAUGGCUCUUCAGAAUCAUUUCGACCCCUCAAUGCGUUUUCUAGAACUGACCAGCGGAGCCAAACUACUGCAACUGAUUCUGUUAUUGCCAGCAUGUCAGUCAGCAGAUCAUUCUUAAGCAACCAGAAUAGUGGCAGGCCGCAUCAACAACCUGUUAGUCAUCAGAAAGCUUCCCAGCAUAAAAUAGCAUGGAAACCUAAAUCUAGCCAAAAGUCAGCUGUUAGUAGCCCUGGGGUAAUUGGAACACCCACAAAAUCUAUUUCACCACCUGCUGAAAAUCUAGAGGAUUUGGAAUCUGAAACAGACAAGUUGCAAGAUAAGCUUUCAAGUGUAAACAUCUAUGAGAAUCAAAAUGUGAUCAUAGCACAGCAUAUACGAGUCCCUGAGACUGAUCGCUGUCGGCUUACCUUUGGCAGCAUUGGGACAGAAUUUGAUUCUUCAAGGAAUCUUGUUUCUGGACUGCAAGCCGUAGGAACUACAGAAGAAUCAAAUGGGGACCCUGCAGCGAGUUUGUCGGCGUCAGCUCCAGAGUUUUCUGGUGAUGAUGCUUCUGGUAGCAGGCUGGCAGAAUUACAUGAUGGUCUAGUUAGAAAUUCUGGAUCUGAUUCUCCAGCUUCUGUAGUGGCUUCUGAGCAUCAACUGCCUGAUAAGAAACAGUCCUCAAGCCCGCAGAAUUUAGAUAAUUAUGCAGAUAUUGGAUUGGUUCGAGACAAUAGUCCAUCUUAUGCUCCGUCAGAGUUGCAGCACCAUCAAGAUCCUCCUGAACUAUCAGGAUUUUCGGCAUACGAUCCUCAGACUGGUUAUGAUAUACCCUAUUUUAGACCCACAGUGGAUGAAACUAUACGGGGCCAGGGUCUACCAUCUCCUCAGGAGGCUUUAAGUUCACAUACAACAAACAGCAUCCCUGCAUCAACAAUUGCCAUGGUGCAACAGCAGCAACCGCCUGUAGCACAGAUGUACCCGCAAGUUCAUGUUUCCCAUUUUGCGAAUCUUAUGCCAUACCGUCAAUUCCUUCCCCCACUUUACGUUUCACCAAUGGCCAUGCCUGGCUAUUCUAGUAAUGCUGCGUAUCCUCAUCCAUCAAAUGGUAGCAGUUACUUGCUCAUGCCAGGAGGUAGUUCACAUUUAAAUGCGAGCAGCCUGAAGUAUGGAGUUCAACAGUUUAAGCCUGUUCCUGCUGGCAGUCCCACAGGGUUUGGAAAUUUUAACAACCCAACAGGGUAUAUUAAUGCUCCUGGUGUAGUUGGUGGUGCAAAUGGGCUUGAAGAUUCAUCUAGAAUCAAAUACAAAGAUGGCAAUAUUUAUGUUUCAAAUCCACAGGCCGAAGCAUCUGAAAUAUGGAUUCAGAACCCAAGGGAGCUUCCAGGUAUGCAAUCCACUCCGUACUACAACAUGCCAGCGCAAUCGCCUCAUGGUGCCUAUAUGCCAUCCCACACAGGUCAUGCUUCCUUCAAUGCAGCUGCUGCACAAUCUUCACACAUGCAAUUUCCGGGUAUGUACCAUCCUCCUCCACAGCCUGCUGCAAUUACCAGUCCACACCACUUAGGCCCAGCUAUGGGAGGUAAUGUUGGAGUUGGUGUGGCUGCAGCUGCUCCUGGGGCGCAAGUGGGCGCCUAUCAGCAGCCCCAACUGGGUCAUCUCAAUUGGACGACAAACUUCUAAAAGAAAUGUGAAGUUAAAACCCUUUGCUUUUAAGGGUUUGUAGUAGCUAUAGAAAAAUUUCAGUUUUUUAUGAAAUGAAUGAUCAAUUUCGUUCAUCUAUUAAAUGCGGCUGGUUGUGCUUUACUUUUA